AUGUUGGAGUUUGCAAAGAAGUACUUCAGACAGGGAGCCAGCGGGAAGGGAUGGCUGCACUUGACUGAUUUUGUUAUCAGAGAUUCCCUGAAGAGCAAAAGCAAGAACAGAGACUCCAGGGAGCCCACGGAAAUGAUCAAGUUCUCCAAGACACCUCUGACCGAGUCUCUGAUAGAGUUCACUGAUCCAGCCAUGAACAGAGUGGCAGCUGAUCUCUUCCUGUCGGUGAUGCGUUUCAUGGGUGAUUCGCCACCAAGGGGACUGACAGAGCAGGAAGUGGUCAGCACUUUCCUCAAGCUCAUAGGAGAGUUCACCUUGAUGAGGGAUGAGGCUUACUGCCAGCUCCUCAAACAGCUUACCACUAACACCAGCUCCAAACCAGAAAGUUGCCAGCGAGGCUGGAGGCUGCUGUACAUCCUGACUGCCUUCCAUCGCUGCUCUGAAGUCCUCAAGCCUUUCUUGCUGAAAUACCUGCAGCAGGCCUCUCGCAGCGCCGGGGCACAGUAUCAGGGCAUAGCCAAAGCGUGCGAGCAGAACCUGAAGAAGACAUUCCAGUACGGUGGACGCAUCAUUCCACCCAACAGCAUGGAGCUGAAGGCUAUGAUGGCGGGACGAAGUUCAAAACGUCAGCUGUUUCUCUUUCCUGGAGGCAUCGAACGUCACGUGAAAAUCAAAACCUGCUCUGUUGCCCUGGAGGUGAUUGAGGAGCUGUGUUAUGAGAUGGGUUUACACAGACUGGAGGCCAUGGAGGAAUAUGCCAUAUUUUUAGUCACCAACAGAGGUCAGAAUGUGCGUCCUCUGAACAAACACGAGUACAUCCUGGAUGUUGCAACAGAGGCUGAGUUAGUCGACACCAACUACAGCUUUUGGUUCAGACGAGUUGUCUGGACUCAACCGCUCAAAUUUGAGAACGAGCUUUGUGUCGCAAUGCAUUAUAACCAGAUCCUGCCAGACUACCGUAAAGGCCUGCUAAAUGUUCUUCCACAUGGAAAAGUGAGCGAUCAACAGUUCCACCAGAUCACCAAACUGGCAGCUUUGCAGCACAGAGCCAAAGACAUCAUCUUCAUCCCCAGCAUACAUGAACUAUCGGAGUACAUCGCCGCACCUCUCUUCAAAAAGCAGCCGCCCCAGCAGUGGGUUACCAUGGUGACGCAGCACAUGCAGCAAGUACAGACCCUGAAUCCGCAUCAGGCCAGAGCACAGUUUCUGGGCCUGGUCAGUGCGUUCCCCAUGUUCGGCUCCUCCUUCUUCUACAUCCACAGCAGCAGCUCCACCACCUUCUACGCCCCCUGUAUUGUUGCUGUCAAUCAACAUGGUCUCCACUUCCUGCACAAAAAUACACAUGAGCCCAUGGCAGUGGUCCCCCUGGUGGAAGUGCAGUCCAGCCGCACCCAGAGGCCCACUGCUGGAACCAGUUACCCGUAUGUAGACCUCACCCUGGGGGACAUGAACACACAACGGGUCAUUCAGCUGCAGCUGGAGCAGGGCCUGGAGUUGUGUCGAGUCAUCGCCAUGCAGGUGGAAAACAUGAUGUCAGUGCGGGAGAAGAGGCUCACCCUGCCACCCAGUGAAAUCACCAUGUUAUAACACAUGCUCACGCUUAAUUGUGCACACAUACAUGUAGAUGAAAACUGUAAAAAUAGCCUACCUCCUCUUGCCUUCAGGUGUUUGUUGUGUGUAGCUGACACGCACUAAUAUUAUAUGUGAAUUCAUAAGUGUAUUCAGUUAUCGUACUGCAUUUACUGAACAGAAAGAGGGAAUAUGGUUACUGAUUAAUGUUGAUAAUUGCACUUCUGUAGUUUGAAUUUAUUUCACAUUGUUCUAUCAGUGUAGAAGCUGUUAAUGAACCAUGAAGAAGCUUCACAGGCCUGUGCCUUGUCAUUACAAAGUUUUAUAACCAAUGUUUUUUAUUUUUUUAUUAUUACUGUUGACUGUAAAACUCGAUGUUAGUGUAAACCAUUGUUGUAUUCAAUCAAUGUUAAUGUAUCAACUUGCUUAUUUUGUAAAAAUAAUUAUUUUCUCAAAAUAAAAAGCAAAUUUAAAGAGAGAGACAUGAGCACUUCUCUGCUCAUUUUUGAAAAUGAUUAAACAGUAAAUGUUGUUAUAUGUAUGAAUGCUAUAAUGUAAUUCCACAAAUGUCAUGAAAUAUUUAUGUUAACGAGCAGUGUCCCGGGUGUGAGUGAUACUUUUUCAUUACUGAUUAUUUUUCAUUUAACAGCUAAUGUACUGAAUGUAAUGGAUUGAUUAAUCAAUUAGCUGAUAUAAAGGAAAUUAAUCUGCAUUUAUUUUUGCAAUCAAUGUAUUAAUGUAUCAAUUACAUCAAAAGUUCACUUGUUCCAUCUUGUCAGGUUUUUGUUUUUUGUUUUUGUUUUUUUGUCUUUUGGGUUUGGGACAAACAAGAAAUCUGACUGGUAGCCGCAAGUGAUUGAGUUAAUUGAUUACGUGACUUAUUGUUUCUGCUCUAAAUCUAAAUACAG